AGUACAUAUAUAUAUAUAUAAGCCCAUGCUGUGGCAAAACACAGCAAGAGAACUGAAGACCACAAGACACAUUUCUCACAUAAUAUCCAGCAGAAAACUCUGAUAAAACUGUUUGGAACACAGACUUCCUCAGAUUUCUUUGGGACAUUUACCGGACCCUGGACACAAUUUUGCAAGAUUUUCUAUGUAUUUGAACUAGAACCGCCAAGUAAAUGAUGUUUAUCUGAAAGUGUAACGAUGCAAACAUGGUUUCUGUGAGGGCUAGGUUUAGGUGUUAGGGGAUGGACAAUAUCGUUUGGUCAAAAGCGAGGUGAAAUCAGAGCUGCAGAAGUUCCUAUCUGACAAAUCACAACAAAUUCAUCCAGGAAGAAGAGAAGAUCCUUAGUUGAAGCUCUUAAACCAGAUUGGGUCAAGGGUGAUUUGUUCCUUAACUUUGUUCAUCUGUUGCAACAAGAUGCCUAAACAAGAUCAUAAAACCACUCUUGACAAAAGGGGAAGAGACCCACCCAAUGAAAGUUUAGAACAUAUAGUUAAAAAUUUGUUAUCAUAUUUUUAUAAAAUUAACAAAUAUAAUGAUGCUAAAAUAAGGGCUGAAAAGAAAUACGGCAUUAAAAAGGAGGACGAUGAUUGCUGGCCAGUUGAUGACAUCAAACGAGCUUGGGGCAAAACACAGAGAAUGAAAGAUGAAUCAAAAAGACGACACUGGUCUCUUGUGAUAAUGAUGCAGGUGAUAGAAAGACAAACAAAAAGAAAAGUAGACAUAGUAGACACAUCCUCUCAAAGCACUGCUGAACAAGGUAUAAUGCGAGCUGCUGGGGGCAUUAAGCAGCAUUCUGGAAGAAACCAACAAACAACUAGCUUUGGGCAAACAGGUGGUGUCAGUCAGGGCUGCACUGGGACACCAAAUACAGGCUGGAAUCAGAGCACUGGGAAUAAUCCUGCUGAUUCUAACAGACAUGGUGGGCCUCUUGGAGCAUUAAUACAUACACAAAAUAAUAAUAAUAAUAAUAAUCGUAGGAAAACCAUCUACAUACGUAUCCCAUGCUUGAUGAUAAUUCCCAAUGAAAGAAUAGGACAAAUUACAAAUAUUCACAAUAUUGACUCUGACUAUAAAUUAAUAAAUAGACUUCCUGAAACUAAUUUAAAUUCUGAAAUAAGGCAAAGAAAAUCUUAUGUCAUGUCAUUCAACCAUCAAACCAGGAAUGCUAACUGGGUCUAUGAAAUACUGAACAGGGAAACUAUAGCUGACAAUCUUGAAGAGGUAGCACGAUUUGGAGAUGACUAUCAAAGAGGUCAUCUUGCUGCGGCUGCCAAUCACAGGUGGUGUCGGGAAGCCUUUGAUGAUACUAAUAUGAACGACAACAUAGUGCCACAGAGACAAAAUUUAAACACAGGCCCGUGGAAAACAUUGGAGACUGAAUGUCGAAGAACAGCUGCAGCUCCAAACAUCUGCAAUGUCCAUGUGUACUCUGGACCACUUUACUUAAGGCAAAUGGUUCAUCAAGGGCCGCAAGGGAAAUUAGUGCCAAGCCACUUCUUUAAGGUGAUAAUUGAGGAGAAUGAGAAUAGGACAGUAAAUCAGCCAAAAUGUUAUGUGUUUCCCAAUGGGAAUCUACAAGGGGAAAGUCUAGGAGAUGUGCAUCAUCAUGAAACGACCAUUGAAUACAUUCAGAAUGUCUCUAGGAUGACUUUCAUACAGUUCAGACCCAAUCAGGAACCAAUGGAAAUUACAGCGUUAUUACGAGGAGAGAAUAGAAACGCAGUGAUUUGUGAUGCUAAUAUACAAGUCACAAUAAGCAAUUAGUUUUGUAGACAAACAUACUCAUUGAUAAUGUUUACACAUUUCUUUAUUUACAAAACAACAUUUUGUAUUAUUAUUAUUAUUAUUAUUAUUAUUAUUAUUUACAUAUGAUUUGAGCCGAAUAGCACAGAUAACCAAGUGUCCAGCAGACACAAAAACUUUAAUAUUGUUUAAAAGUCAUCUCAUGUGGAAACAUGACAUUUUUGAUGAAUUUUCUGUUAUUCUAAAAUUCUACUUUUAAUGUGAUUUAAUAUGUAUCUAAUUACUUUUGAGUGUUUUGAAGCACAGGACAUUAUCAGAUGUCAUUUGUAAUUAAGUACUUUGAGCGACUGUAUUUUGUAUUUUAAAAAAGAAACAAAAAAAAGGCUUAAAAGAUAUAUCAUUUAUUUCUCACAUAAUUCUCAACUUUGGAUUCAUAGGCUGAUUAGUCUUAAUACACUCAUGUUUGGAACUAUCUUGAAAAAAAAAAAAACUACAUAAGAAGCUGUUUUUGUGCUCAGUGCAAGCAAAUAUUUAGCAAUAUACUAUCAGAUAUUGCUCACUGAAUGUCAUUACUGGACAGAAGAACAGAGCAAUUAGCAAAUCACUGUGCUGCUUCUGAACUUCUGAAUUUGCUGUGAGCUGACGAGUGACAUUAUCUUUUUAUGGGUAAAAUAUAUUUUUUUAAAGAGCCAUAUGUAAGCAUUUUCAUAAAUUAAUCACUUUUCAUUAUCAAUGAGUGAAUAGCUUGUAAGGAAACGUGGUGUGUGAGAUUAUACACAUUUUCUCUUAUGAGUGUGUUUUAUUAUCUUUGCAUAUAUUCUUUCCAUAUUUGAUCAGUUUAUUUAGUUAUGUCUUUUUUCAAGUAUAUUCAUCAUAUGAUUCUCUUGUCAUUUUGGCUAUGAUUUACAAUCUCUGAAUAUUAUAUAGCAUUUUUAUAGGAGUUUUCAUUUAUACUCAUUUAUAUCUUCUAGAAUACUCCUUGUAGUUUAUUUCAGGUCAUCUUGUUAUGUUAUUAAUGUCUGAACAGGAUGAUGGAAACUCGUUUUUGCAAGGUAUUUUUAUAUUUGCAAGGAUGUUGCUUGGUUUGUCUUUAAUUUUCUUGGUAUUAAGCACUUCCUUCUAAGAGUUGAUAUGAUAUUUAGCUUAUUGAAGAUUUGCAGAGCUUGCUGUUUCUGCUCAAAGAGUGUAAAAACGUCCUCCUUUGACAUGUCAAGUUGACCUUGCUUUGACAUUAUCUAGAUGGGGAGAGGGAAAUAGUAAGUAGACAUAUGGAUUAAAUCAUUUGACAUUUAUCGAUCAGACAUAAACAUCCCAUGAUGUAGUAAAAGGAUGCCUCAAGUAUAUAUAUAUAUAUAUAUAUAUAUAUAUAUAUAUAUAUAUCUUGCUGUUAUUGCAUGCUCUGAAGAUCUUCAUCUCUAUGUCCUUGAAUAUUACUAUACUCUGAUAGCUCAGAUUGUUAGACUAUUAUCUUAGUUUUAGCAGAAUAUAUUUAUUUUGGAUAUUGUAUUCAUUUUUAUUUUAAUUUCCAUAUUUUAUAUUUAAUCAUCUGUAAUCUUUAUCACUUAUAUGACAAUUUAUUUAUAAUAAACUACACUUUAAU